UUGUGGUUACUGCCUACUGGUUAGUUUUGCAAAGCGGAUCGGCGCCGGCGGAGGAUGGCGGCUGUUCAAGUGGGUGGUGGUGAUAAUUUAAAUGAAUCAAAAUCAACAAGUAAAAUAUCUGAAUGCAAUGGCAAGAAGAAAACUGAUAAUGGAAAAAUGGGCGGUAAUCAGAACGGCUACGUAAACUCAGAACAUAAAAGUAAUGGAGUGGAUAGCGCGGCCGACAUGGAGGCGCCGGCGCCGUGGAUGGACUGGGCGCAGCUCGACAUCUUCCCGGGCUCGUUCGAAAAGUGCUCGCUGCUGACGGCGGCGCUGACGCACGCGGGCCUGUACCUGCUCAUGUUCCUGGGCUUCGUCAACCAGCUGCUGUUCACGCCCAAGGUGGCCACCGAGAGGAACCGCGUGGGCUACGCGCCGCUGUACAACCCGUUCGAGCAGUUCUACUCGCGCUACGUGUACCGGCGCGUGCGCCACAUCUUCAACCGGCCCAUCUGCUCCACGCCCGGCGCGGAGCUCACGCUCAAGGAGCGCGCCACCGACGACUACAACUGGUCCUUCAGGUUCACGGGCGCGGAGAAGCGCUGCAUCAACUUGGGCUCGUACAACUACCUCGGGUUCGCGGCGCCCGAGGGCGAGUGCGCGGACGCGGCGGAGGCGGCGGCGCGGCGCUACGGGCUGGCGCUGGCCUCCUCGCGCGCCGAGCUGGGCUCCACGCCGCUGCACCAGGAGCUGGAGGAGACCACCGCCAAGUUCCUGGGAGUAGAGGCGGCGGUGGUGUUCGGCAUGGGCUUCGCCACCAACGCGCUGGGCAUCCCCGGGCUGCUGGGCGCCGGCACGCUGGUGCUGAGCGACGAGAACAACCACGCGUCGCUGAUCCUGGGCCUGCGCCUGGCGCGCGUGGCCGUGCGCGUGUUCGCGCACAACGACAUGCGCCAGCUCGAGCGCCUCGCGCGCGACGCCAUCGCCGAGCGCCGCUGGGACAGGAUCGUUGUGGUGGUGGAGGGCGUGUACAGCAUGGAGGGCUCCAUCGUGCCGCUGCCGGCGCUGGUGGCGCUCAAGAAGAAGUACGGGCUGCUGCUGUACCUGGACGAGGCGCACUCCGUGGGCGCCAUGGGCGCGCGCGGGCGCGGCGUGGUGGACCACUGGGGCGUGGCGCCCGGCGACGUCGACGUCCUCAUGGGCACGUUCACCAAGAGCUUCGGCGCGGCCGGCGGCUACAUCGCGGGCGCGGCGCGGCUCGUGGACGCCGUGCGCGCGCGCGGCCACGCGCACGCCUACGCGCACGCCAUGGCGCCCGCCGUGUGCGCGCAGGUGCUGGCCGCCAUGCGCGCCAUCGCGGCGCCGGCCGGCGAGCUGCGCGUGCGCCGCCUGCGCGACAACACGCGCCACUUCCGCCGCCGCCUGCGCGCCAUGGGCGUCGUGGUGUUCGGCCACGAGGACUCGCCCGUCGUGCCCAUGCUGGUGUACACGUUCAGCAAGAUGGCGGCCACGGUGGAGCGGCUGACGGCGCGCGGCGUGGCCACGGUGGGCGUGGGCUUCCCCGCCACGCCGCUCAACAAGGCGCGCAUCCGCUUCUGCCUGUCGGCGGCGCACUCGCGCGCGCAGCUGGACCGCUGCCUGGACGCCGUGCAGCAGGUGGUGGACGAGCUGGGCCUGCGGUACGCGCGCGCGGUGUAGGGAUCACCACUCGACACUUAUCUUAAAUGGGUCCUACAUUGUUCAUUAGCGUUCUACUAGAUGGUAAAAGAAACAUGAAUAUGUAAUAAUUUCAAUUUUUAAAUAUUUUUUUGCCAAUACGAGAUAAAACACUAUCGACGGUGAUAGCUAUAUUUUAACUGUUUCUUGACGUCACGUAAACACUAAACCUUAAAACCAAACGGAACGUUUAACAAAAUUAUUAGUCAAUAAGAUAUAGACAGCGGUUUUGACGUUUGGAAAAAUUGAAUAAAUACACAAUUUUUUAAUUAAGUUUUCUAUGAAAUCCUCAAAUUUUGUUAAUUGAUAUCAAUAUAUUUCGGACCCUUAUUCCGAAAUUAAUAUUGUUUGUAUUAAAUUUGAUAUGUGUCAAGUACCCUAUUAUUACAUAUUUAUUUAUAUACUCGGAACUGCCUCGUCGCUGACGUCGCGGAGUGAAAUACUGAACUGUGAGUUGUUCUCGUCGUCGGCUGCGCCGUGUUCAGCCCCUGUCGCUAAGUGGCACGAAUUCUACGAUCGCAAACGCUUCUAAAACUAGACAAAUGUAUGGGAAUGACAGAUCUUGAUCACGUGACCUGUCGAUAGCAAUAGAAUGUUUGCGAUCGUAGAAAGAGAAUCGACGUGGCACUCGGCACCAGGGGCAGCUGUGACGUCAUCACGCUAAGUUUCCCGCUGACACGCUUCACCAGAGUGUCGCCAGGGAAGGCGUUCUGUCGGUGCAGGCACGAUCUCUGUGUAGUGUGGCGCACAUUCCUGACUCUAGUGGGAGUCCUCAACGUUUUCAUACUGUGACGAUCGCGUCAACGUUAACGCAAAUUUAUAUGGAAUUGAAACAGAUCUGCAGUAAUGCAGAUGGCGCUGUUCCAAUUCCUUGGAAAUUCGUAUUAACGUUACGCGACAGUCACAGUAUGAAAACUUCCACUAUAGCUUGGCAACUUCGUUCGUAACACUCCCGAUGGACCGCGCGGGCCGGGGGGCGUGUAGUGAUGAAUGAAAAACCCACGAGUGAUGCACCUCACUUCCCGGCACGCACGAUUUCACACCCGCGCACUCUUUCCCCCCGUCACCCGCAUGUCAUGGGAGUGUCAUCAACGAAUUUGCCAGAUUAUAGGCUCCCUGUUCUCUUAUUAUAGGUGUACCAUUAAUUGUUUUUGAAAUUACAAUUUGCAUUUUAGUACUUGUAUAAGAGAAAAUAAUGUACAUUUCGCAUAAUAUGACAAUAUGUAUAAGUCGGAAUAUGAAUCUAAAACUUCCGUAUUUUCGUCAUAUACGCGUAUUGCUUAAACUGCAGUUUUUAUUUAAUUUAAUUUUAGAGAAUAAGUGUGAUAAGAUACGAAAUAAAUAAUAUAUUUAUAUGAAAGUAUUAUAUAAUGAUAAAUACCUUUAGCUGUAGGUGCGAUGGAAUGGCGCCCGCGCACGAUGCGAUGGACCGGUGACCGCAAAACCAAAUACAUUUUUGAGUGUGACCGUUAAUAUUUAAUUUCGUCUUUUUACACAAAUUUGUCAAAGACAAUGUAUGACAAUGAAGUUUUAUAAAACAAAUAUUUACAGAUACAAUAUAUUGGCAUUAAGGUCAAGCACUAUCAAACAAGACCUUAACACUCUGUAAGCAAGUGGCGGUUUACGGCACGGAUGUACGGAACGUCUGAAUUGUUUCCGCCCUCCGCGUCGGGUUCACUGCAAGCCUCCGUGGCGCCGUGGACGGAGGUCCUGGGUUCGAGGUUGGGAGGUCGUGGGUCUGGCUGGUGGGAGGCUUCGGCCGUGGCUAGUUACCACCCUACCGGCAAAGACGUACCGCGAAGCGAUUUAGCGUUCCGGUAUGAUGCCGUGUAGAAACCGAAAUUGGUGUGGAUUUCAUCCUCCUCCUAACAAGUUAGCCCACUUCCAUCUUAGAUUGCAUCAUCACUUACCAUCAGGUGAGAUUGUAGUCAAGAGCUAGCUUGUGAAGAAUAAAAAAAAAAAAGCGACCGAGCAAAGACCUACAGAGUGCCUAGUGGCCGUAUGUAAACAGCCCUUUUAGGUUUGAAAAAAGAAACAAUAUGCCAAUUUGUUAUAUUUCGCAUGUCCGUCUGUCAUAGUAGGUAAAUAUUCGCUGAAUCAGUUUUUGUAAUCAUAAAAUAAAUAGUCUCCAAGUAUUCAAGAGAAUGAGUAGAAAAUUAAAAUUGAAAAUUAAAAGUAUUGAAACUGAAAAUUGGAAUUGAAACAGCACCAUCUAGUGGCACUACUGCACAACUGUUUCAAUUCCAUAUAAAUUUGCGUUUACGUCAACGCGAUCGUAACAGUAUGAAAAUAUUGAAAACUCCCACUGGGCACACUGGUUGCUUCGAGUAAUUUUACUUUACUAGUAAAGAUAAGCUCGCUUUCCGAAUAUUUGCGUGGGGUCUCUCUGAUGCCAUAAGAACUAAAUAUGAAUCAAUAAUAUUGGACCCUUGGGUAUUAAUGCAUGCGCAUCACUUUCGGAAACAAAUGAAAACAUAACUCAAAUGGGAACCGGUGUCCGGAAGAGUACGUCAGCAGCGGCCUCGUGCGGCGAGCUGAUGUGGGAGAUGUCGACGUCGCUUGCGCACUCGGCAGUGGCCGACUUGCUUAAUGGAAAUUAUUAUUCAGGCGCUUUGUGACUCGCGUUAUUGAGCUUGUGACUUUGUUGGAAUGCGAUACGAGUAAGUAGCAGCGGUGAAGAGUUCAUGUAAGUCGAUUCUCGCCGGGUUACCUUUGAAAAUUCAUGCAUAGUCAUUUUUGUACUGUAUUCAUAUAAAUGAGAAACCGGAGUCCGGAGUUUGUAUCACGCUGUAUGAAUUUGCAUUUCUUUGGGACGGUUUACCGACAUCUAUAUUCCAUCUUUCGCCACUAGUAAGUAGCUACACAGUAUUAUUUACUGGACAAGGGUAUUGGAAUGUUUAUUUCUCCCAGGGACUCGACCAGCCCCAUGACGAGCUGACGCUACUCGUACACCAAAGGACAUUUUACUAAUGUAAAUGCAAAUAGACCUCGAGUAUUUGUUGUUGUUGUUGUCCCCCUGCGCCGAUGUACUAUGUACCUACUUAUGUAAUAACUUAAGUAUUCAAUAAAUUAUUUUUUGAUGCCA